UAUAAAAAAAGGGAACUGAUUACAAAAAAUACUACGAACAUGGAAAGGUUUUAUGUUAUAAAUGAUGUUAAUGAAAAAGUUAUAGAAGAAAUUUUGGAUAGAAGAUUGUCUAUUAAAUACUCUGGAAAACCUAAAAAUAAAUGUAGAUUAUGUAACAUAAUGUUCAAAAGAGAAAUUGAUCUACGAAGACAUAAAACUUUGAAACAUUUUCCGGUAAAAGGGCCGUAUAAAUGUUGUGAAUGUAUUUAUUUUAAAAGUAAUAAUAUAUCCGAGUUACAUGACCAUUGGCAGACACAUAAGAUGUACAAGUGUCUUUUAUGUCCAAACGCGUCCGUAACUGAAGUUCAAAUAAUGCGACAUUUGAUACAAAGACACCAAUAUAUUUUCCAAUGUUUGGAGUGCGAGAAAGACUUUUACACGGGAAGGGACAUAUUUGUUCAUUAUAAUGAGGCUCAUAAUAUUAGCAUAUGUGAUCAUUGCGGGAAAACGUACAAAAGGAAAAAACGUCUAGAGGAACAUAUGAUAAAUAAACAUUUACCUAAAAAAUGUGAUAUUUGCGGUCAAGUUUGUAAAUCCACACAAGCUUUAGGUGCUCAUAAACGUAUUUGCCGUCCUGAUAAACAUUUUGAUGGUAAUGCACCUGAAUUAUCUUAUUGCGUUGAAUGUAAUAAACAAUAUGAAAGUAUUGAGAAAUAUCAAACUCAUCUGAGAAAUUCAGUCUUACAUAAUCCACCUGUACAUGUCUGUAUCCCUUGUCCUGAUUGUGGGAAAACUUUUAGUAGAAAAAUUUAUAUGAAAAAUCACUACAAAUUGGUACAUAUGAAGGAAUCAAAACAUUAUUGUGAGAUAUGUAAUAAGUAUUUCAUAUCUGGAUAUUCUCUACGUACCCAUAGAAAGAGUGUCCACGAGAGGAAAUAUCCGCCCAAAAAUAAGAUAUGUGAUAUUUGUGGAAAAGGUUUUAAUACAAACAGAAUUCUCAACAAUCAUAAACGAACGCAUACGGGAGAAAAACCAUUUCAAUGUUCAUAUUGCCCGUCAGCUUUCGCACAAAAAACAGCCAAAAUUUACCACGAAAAAAAACAUCACAAAGACGUAUGAAAUGAGUACAAAAGGGUUCCAAUCAUUUGGGUGAAAUUUGACUCUUACAAUGUAAUAAAGUUGAAAACUUAUAGCAACAUACUUGUUUGCUCUUAUGACAGUUGUACGAUAUUCGGGGUAGUGUUGACUGAGGCCUAGUUUUACUAAGGACAGUGGGGGUCGAGUUGACUGAAGCCUAGUUUUACUGAGGGCAGUGGGGGCGGAUCUUGAUGAAAUUUGGCACAGAAAAAGAAUAUAGUCCGGAUGAAUCCAUAGGCUACUUAUUACUUUCUUUUUAAAUUCCGCGUAGACGGAGUCGCGGGC